AUGUUCGCGGCUAGUUUUUUGAUCUCACAGAAAAGACUUUUUGAGGUGAUAAUGAGGAGGAGCGUCGCCUGGGCCGCUCCAUCCAACAUCACGAAUGAGGCUAUCGGAAUGGGAUCGGCGAGUUUCGACUGUGUCGUCGAGAACCCGACCAAAGCCAAAGAAAGCACAGUUGCGCCUCAUCCUCAUGGACUUCAUGGAUUCCAUCGCUUUCUUCCCUCUUCGUGGGUUACUGUUGGGGCUGCUGUAUACGCUGGAUACAAACUCGAGCUGCACAAAGUGCGCUAUGAGAUAACGUAUCUGAACGGUGUUGAAAUCAGUCGCACGGUCACUCGCGGAAAAGAGAUUUUGUAUACGUUUGGCAAG